AUGGGCAAGAAGAACAAGUCAAGAAGCGCCCGACGUACAGGUUCUCCGGUCGGCAAUGAUGAGGAACAGUCGUCCGAAGAGUACGAAGUCACUGAGGAGGUGUACGAAGUAGAAUGUGUUGUCGGACAUCGAAUGCGUCGCGGUGGUAUGGAGUACAAAGUGCGAUGGCGCGGAUGGUCGGAGCAGUUUGACGAAUGGUUGCAUCACUCUAAAAUGGACUGUCCUGAUGCUAUAAAAGAAUACUGGAAUAAUCUUAAUCACACCAAAUCCGAGGCAAAGAAUUCAGCUGAGAAAGAGGGUGCGAAGAAACGAGAGCGUCCAUCAUCACGUGCUUCGUCUUCAACAAGUAAUCCAUCUCCACUUGUCAAACGAAGUUGUCCUACGUAUUCCGACGAUGAAGCUCGUCCCAACUGCGAAUCAACAUCUCUGGAAAUACCCGUGAGAGAAGCAACAACAAACUCAUUACACGUGAGCUCUUCCAGCAAAAAGGAAGAAGAAAACACGGUGAAGUCUAACAUCGCAACCACUGAAGCUACUCAGCAGCAUCAAGCUAGUGGCCUAGAGGAUUCCGCUUCCGAUGGUGAUUCCUCUCCCGCUAUUCCAUCAACAUCAUUUGCAGUGGAUAGUCAUGAAUCGCCAUCUGUUCCUGUUAGUUCUUCGCCUCAUUCUGGAUUCUCCUUCUCAGUAGCAACAACAUCUUCUGCCACGGAUGAUCGCACGCCUCAAACUGCUUCCGUUACCUCAUCCGUCCCUUCCGUACCGCCUCUCUUGAUCAGAAAGAUUCCUCGACCACCAGCCAUUCCCAAACGCAAAAUAACGCCAUCUCUGCCGAAUACUAGCACAUCCGCAACUACACCAUCUAGUAGUGGCACUACUUUUGAAGCUAAUUCUCCAAGUGUCUCGAAGACUUCUGAGGACAGCUCAUCUAUGCAGUUGAAUUCUCAGACUGUUGAGAAGGAGGAAGUUCCUUCGAGUAGUGACAUGCACACUAAUAGCAGCACACCUGGAACAUCUGAUAGAGCAGCUGAGCCGCCAAUCAAUAAGAAACAAUUCGUUCGACAGCAUGGAUUUGAAAGAGGCCUUACUGUAGAACGAAUUCAUGGGUUCAUCGGAAGGGCGGACAAAACAUUCGCUGUCGUGCAGUUCAAGAACUGCGAUAUCGUUGAGAUUCUCGCUACUCAAAUUUUACAACAUUAUGAACCCUUGGCACUAGUUCGCGGUUUCGAAGAACACCAUAUUCGCUGUCGUAGAAAUGAAGUGUUAGCAAGCCCGACGAAGUCAUCCGAGGGGCGGUUGUAA